GUUUUGUUAACAUGACUAUUAGUUGUAUAAUUUUCGUAAUACUAUUUUUUAUAGAUUUAGUUACUGGUAUACAAUCAAUUAAUUUUACUGAAUAUGAUUCGGAUUCCAUAUGUCCCGUUUCAUUUUUUCGUCGAAAAAGGACUCCCAUGGAUUAUACACGUUGGCGAGCAAAUGAAGAAAAUACACAAGAAUUUCUUGUGAAAGUUUUAGACGACGAUCUAACUACAUCGAAUACAAAACAAAUUAUAGCAAUUAACAUUCAACCAGUAACGAAGAGUGUAGAAAAAAUAAUAAUUGGCGGGGCCAUGUUGCCACCACCAACUACAUCAUUACCAAUAGUAGUUGAAACAUCUCGAGACUAUACUAGAUUUGUCCCACCGACGACAUUGCCCGUGUCGCGCGUAGACGGAGAAGUAUUUCUAGCACCAGCUCCAAUCAUCGGUCAUCCAAUAUUGCCAAAAAUGAAGCCUAACCCAGGUCGGCAUUCACUUCGUGACGAGAGUCCUCCGGCCAGCCCUCAAUUUUUAACUCGCACUGAGACACUUGUUGCUCGACAAUAUGCUCCCAUAGCACCAGUUGCUUUUACACGACGAGUUACAGUUAUGCCUGUAACUCCUCCUCUAGUCGAUGGAUAUAAUCUUCAUAAUACAGCCUUUAUACCAACACGGACAUCACAUCUCUCAGACAUGACAUUACUGACUAGAAGCAAACAUCCUGAAGAAUUUAGCAGAUUUCGUAAAGAAGAGAUUAACUCAAAAACUGACCUCGCUUUUUUAACUCGAAGUUCGUUUGUGCAAGAAUAUGCCCCUCAUCGAACAUCUAUCGAUGUAGCAAUCGCAGAAGAUAUUGAGACGCCUACAAAAAUAAAUACAUAUUUUGAAGACAUGAAGAGAAACGAAAUAAAUAACAACAUAAAACUUCAGUCACAAGAAAAAUAUUACGAUGCAUCUUACAAUAUGAUGUUUUACAAUGAAGAUGACACAGAAAGUAGUAUUAAAAAAUUUUAUCUAGAUUCUGGAAAUAACUAUGAUGAGAAAAAUUUAGGAGAUUCUAUAUCUGAAAAAGAACGUAUGUCAACAGGAUUAGGCGUGAUCGAGAGUGUACUUGACUCUAAAAACCUCACAGAAGGUGAGACUGAAAUCUAUCCAUAUAUUUAUGAAGAAGUACAAAUGGACAACUCAACAAUUAUUAAUAAAAAUAUGCUAUCUGUCAUGACACCUGUAGAAUCUAUUACAGUAAAAACAUUAAAAGAUAAAUUAAGGGAUAAGCGUCGACCUACUUGCAAUAUGAUUAAAUUACGACCGCUAAAUUUUAAUUCACCUCGAACGUUACCCGAGAUAGUAUCACAGUUAAAACAGUGGGCUGAAAAUAGUCCGGUAGCUAAAUGGGUUGAUAUUACUGAUGGAAAUUUUACCGCCAUGGAAAAUCCUAUAUAUAUGAUGAUGGUCGACGAUCCUAGUAGUGGCCAGAUUGUUUCUGCUAAACAAACUGUAAUGAUAGUAGCAGGUAUCCAGGGCCGGGACCACCAUGCCGUAGCGGCUGCUAUGUACGCGCUGUACCAACUCAUAGAGCGCAGUGAAUCUCAUACCGAUUUGCUUACAAUGUAUCGGUUUUGGGUUAUACCGGUUUUUAACCCAGAUGGUUAUGACUAUUCUAUUACUUUUCCACAAAGGCGUGAGUGGUCGAAGAAUUUACGUCAAUCUUGGGAGACAUGCACGGGCCGCGAGUCCUGUAGGGCUUGUGAAUCUUACGGACUAAGAUGCACUACGCAGCCAUGUUACGGGGUUAACCUCGACAGGAAUUUUGAGUACCAAUGGAUACCUACUGAGGAACUUCGAGCAGAGCAUCCUUGCGGGGCACUGUAUGCCGGCGCACGUCAGCUGAGUGAAGCUGAAACACGUGCACUGACGCAUUUCCUUCACACGCAACGAACGCCACUUUACACUUUCCUAGCAUUCAAAGAAGGCGAAGUUCUUGGUGUAAUGUAUCCAUACUCACACACAAGAAAAAAACGUGCUUUCGAUCACGUUUAUAGACAGCGAGCAUCUCGUGCAGCUGCCGCUGCAUACAGCAUUAGUGGUCGACCGUAUGUAGCUGGGCAAACAUCAGAAUUUUUACCGUUAUAUGCUGGUGGUAUAGAAGACUGGGUAGAUGGACAUUUAGGUAUUGACAACACAUACACAAUCAGGAUGUUUCGACCAAUAGAUUCAUAUAAUUCAAAACUUAUUACAGAGCGUGUUGUUCACGAGGCUUACGCUGCAAUGGAUACGCUGCUCCUCCAGAGUGUAGAGUCAUUCAGUCCACCUAUGGUCACAAUGAAGAGGUCAGCCUCUAGUGCAGCAGCAGUUCCGUCUUUCAUGCUUCUACUGUUCAUCAUAAUAAUCGAAUAUGUUUUAACACUUUCCUAACAUUUCGUUCAGUUUUCUUCUCCUGCAAAUGCAUAUCAAAUGCAUUUGCAAGUGAAUAUAAUUUUGUAUAUUCUGUAUAUGAAUAUUCGUAUGUAGCUGUGUAUUAAUGCUAUAUAGGCAUUUAUUAUAAGCUUAGAAAAGAAAUGUAUUUUAUUUCUUUAUCUAUAUAUUUAACAAUUUAUAAUGUUAUCCUAUAUAUAGCUAAAAAAUACAAAACUGACAGUGUGUGAAUAUUAAUAAAAAAAAUCUAUUUCCUAUAGGUUUUUAGAUCACUAGAAUAAUGUAACAAUUUAUAUCUAAUCAAAAAUGUGUACCUGGGAAAAUAAUUGUAUGGAAAUGGAAAAACCAUCAUUUGAUUCAUGAAAGAAAUGAGAUCUUUAUAUUUAUGAAUGACAAUACGAUUGUUAUUUGUAUUUUAACUACUUUAGUACUAAAGUACUUAAAAUGCAAUUCAAAUUAAAAUCCCCAUUUCUUUCAUGAAUCAAAUUAUGUAUUAUG